AAAAAUAAACCGCCAAACAAAAAAAUAACAACAUUGCAAAUUGCAAAAUAAUGAAAAAAAUUGUGAAAAUUCGUCAAAAAUGAAUCAUUUUAGGUUUAAUUAGACGUUUAGUUGUAUAGAAAUACUCGAAAUUGGUCGUUUUUAGUGAAAAUAACCCACGCAAACAUACUUCGUCAAUCAUUCCGAGUUAUUUAUCGAUUUCGUUCAGCUUUCCAAAUCCUCUUCCGAAGACACCUUUGAUAAGAAUAUUUCGUCAAAAUGGAAAUUUAUCACACUGCAAUUCAUCAAAAUCUACUCCUUCUGACCAAAGUGUUUCCGAAUCUGGACAUGGAUGGGAAACUUCAAAAAGGAAUGUUCAAAAAACCAAACACCAAAGGAAUGCAGUCUGUUUUCUACUCGAUCAUGUCGAUCAUUAACCCAGAAUAUUGUCGUAAAAAUGUACCCUGGCCGGUUUCGUUUUCAUCCGAUAGUUUCAAAUUUCGUAACGCUGUGAUAGAAUUCAUCAAGAAAGAAUGUAGUGACUUCGAAGUACCGAAACUCUUACCUUCGUUACUGAAUAAAGCCGAUGGCGAGAAAUAUGUCAAAUUUGUAUUCAAUUUCACCACGUACGUUACUAAAAUAGUGAUUUAUCGGAAAUUUGGAGAACUUCUUCUUGAAAAACCCAACGUUAAUGUUAAUUACGAAGAAAAUCUGGCUCUUUUAAACAACAUGAUUUUCAUGUUGAUGCACGAAGAAGAACAAAAUCAGAGCGGGUAUCUGAGUUUCAAAGAGAAUUGCGCUAGUCGAACCAAAAAUCUAGAGUCUGAUUUGAUCGCAGCGUUGAAAACAUUCCAAAACAAGAAACAUUUGUUAUUCACCGAAGAUGAUAAAUCAAGUUUAGAUGAUGCUGCAAUCGAACGACUAUUCGCCGAAAUUGAACGCGAACUUUUCCAAUUGAAACGUCAUCACGAUAAGCUCAAGUCAGAAGUUCAACGUAUUCUGAAGAAACAAGAUUACCUAUUAUUUUUAAUAAAUUUAAAAAAGAAGACCACUACAGGGUCAUCAGCUAUUAAAGCUGUCGACAAUUUAGCUGCUAAUGAAAAUAUUUCUAAAGCUAUCGAUGUACCAGUUAACGUUUUAUUGACGAAUCUGAUAGCGAAAAAUACCACUUUAAUAACGACAGAUUACCAUAUUAGUUUGAAAUAUUUCCUACACUAUGGUCGACUCAUACUCGCAAUCCAUAUGCAAAGAUUCCUCGCUUUGAAUUUGUCGCCGAAACAUUUAGCAAUAUGUCGUACAAUAAGCGAUAUUUCGACUAAUUCAGCCAAACGAGUGGAUCGUUUCGAAGCGCUGAAAAAUCAAUUGAACGAGACUAUCAAUACCGCCAAAUCCGAACAACCGAUUAAUCUCAAAGCUAAAAACACUAAUCUUACGAGUAACCACUGCACCGAAAUUGUUAAUUUGCUUAAACUCAAGAGAAGCUACGGGUCUCAGUUCUGUGUACCUAUUCAGAUGAAAAAUCCAAUCACUCAUUUCUUUACUGAAACCAAUGAACAGAGCUCGAAGAAUUCCAUGGAAAGAAUGAAGCAGAAAAUACAAACUGCGAUCGCGUUAUCGAACUCGGAAAGAACUGCGAAAUUGUAUCUGAAUUUUUGAGGCGAACUAGAUUGUUUUUUAUGAUGUUUUAUUUAUGUAUCUGAUUUCUGAAUAUUAAUAUUUUUAUGUUGAAUAUGUGUACCAAAUUUUAUUAGAUAUUUUUGUGAAAGUUCUCAAUAUAUGAUUGUGUAAAA